AUGGAGACUGCUGGGCUGGGCCUGAACAUAUUUCAAGUCAUCCAAAACGAACUUAUUCAACGUGAAGGAAACCGCUCCACUCUGGGUCUUGGGUCCCAUCUCUCCAUUCUGGAAAACAGGCUCAAGAACCAAGAAGCGAAGACCAAGAAUGGCCUAGUUUGGAGACCACACCACACUAUUGCACCUAUUUUUGCUCCCACCCCAGAGACGAGAGCCAUCGUCGAAGCACAGAGAAAACGACUCUUAGAAAGAAAAGGAGCCAAACUAACAAAGGACGACAAGGACCCGACGAUGCACGUCCGAGAUGACGAGCUUUGGGAAGUCCAUCGCCAUUUUCCGAGGACUGUGCUCGAGUUUAAGGAACUUCGAUUCCACCGUAUGUGA